AUGACUGAAGACGCAAACACCAACACCACAGCACUCCCGCGCACUGUCAGCGGGAGUUCGAUUUACCACGUGAUUGAUCAGCACCUGAUCCCUUGGGCGCUGUACGACUUGUCCGGAGCUCGAGCUCCGGACUCACUUGAGACGAUGCAGGAUUGCUUCCGGCGUUUCCGUGGAUUGCGUGGGAAGAGUCUUGGUUUUAUCUCGUACGAGUCACUCCAGUGGUCUUGGUGUGCAUUCAUUCGGCGGUGGAACCGGAUGCUCGAAGACGGAAAAAACUUUCAGCAGUGGCUUGCCAGCCGCGAAGAUAUCCACGCCGAUCACUCAAUCGGUGUAAUGCGUGAGAAGAUAUGCGAGAACGCGUGA